GAUAACAUAAGUGGGGACUCCGAAACCGAUGGUUCUUCCGAAUACAGCGAUGAGGAUUAUUUGGAAACAAGACGAAGGUCUCGGCGGAAUCAGAAGCGACAAGUCAACUACAAGGAAGAUUCGGAAAGCGAGGGGUCUCAAAAAAGCUUCCGAUACGGGAAAGAGAUGAGGAGAAUACAUAAGCGCAGGCUUUCCAGUUCAGACAGCGAAGAGAGCUACCUGGCUAAACAUUCGGAGGACGACCAGCCGGCCAGGUUGUCCAAGCGGUCGGUCCGGAAACGGAGCCACACCACCGACGAGUACUCGGAAGGCGAGGACGACCCCGAGGAGGAAGGCCGGCCCGUUCGCAAGCGUUUGAACCGCAUCGAAACGGACGAGGAAGACAACAACCCCGAGGCCGGAAAGCCGCCGUCACCGCUGGCCGAGAAACCCUCGGCCUCUCCCGCUCCUCAAGACCCCGUCAAGAAAUCCAGCUACCGGAUAGAAAGCGACGAGGAAGAUGACUUUGACAAUGUGAGUAAGGUGGAGAGCCCGUUGGACUACAGCCUGGUGGAUUUGCCCUCCACCAACGGACAGAGCCCCGGGAAGGCCAUCGAGAACUUGAUCGGUAAGCCCACCGAGAAAGCCCAGUCGACCAAGGACAGCACAGCCAAUGCCACUUUGGCACCCAACGGGACGGGGGGCGGCUUGGAGGCUGGCGGACCAGAGGAAGACGAAGAUGAACUCUUGCGAGUGACUGACCUUGUGGAUUACGUCUGUAACAGCGAACAGUUAUAAGAACUCCCGUUUUUUUGUGCUAAUUUAUUCCAUGGUAGCUCAUACCAGCGGGCCAGUUAUUAAAAAAAAAAAGGUGUUUUAUUUUUCCUAGGAAACUCCACUACAGUAUCACUUUUUAAGCAGUCGAAAUUUCACCAGCCCUGCCAUUUUGGGGUACUACAUUUUUAUUUUUUUGGUUUCGUUUGUUUUUUGAUCCUCUUCCUGCCUCCUCUCCUUCCCAACCCGAGCGACCAUAUUUUCUUCGCCUUUUUUAUUUCCUACAACUAUUUUUCUUUCGACCCAUCGCUUUCCCUCUCCUCCUCCUCCUCCUCCUCCUCCUCCU